CUUUUUAAUGCCCCGCGGACACCCUGUUAGUCAAUGCUGUGUGUGAACAGGACUUUUAUUUUGGAGUGACGACAUGACGUCAUAAGACUGCGCCGAACUCCUGCAUCUGUUGUGAUUCUGCUGAAGAAAGAUGGAGUUUAAUAAAGAGGAGGAGGCUGAAGACAUAAAGAUGGAGUUUAUUAAAUAUGAGACUGAAGACAUGAAGAUUGAAGAAACAUUCAGUGUGAAACAUGAAGAUACUGAGGAACAAACAGACCUAAUGACACUGAAAGAGGUGAGUCAUGAACUUAAUGAAAGGGAAGAAGAGAAAAAACAUAAUGAUUUCAUGACUGGGGAAAGAGUGACACAGGCUGAAAAGUCUUCCUCACGAAAAAGAGCUCAAAAGACAGGAACUAAAAGUUAUUUCACCUGCCAACAGUGUGGAAAGAGUUUUAAACAACAUAGAUACCUUAAAGUCCACUUGAGAGUUCACACUAGAGAGAGCCCCAUCACUUGCCAACAGUGUGGAAAGAGUUUCACACGUGAAGACUACCUUAAAGUCCACAUGAGGAUUCAUACGGGAGAAAAGCCUUACACCUGCCAACAGUGUGGAAAAAGUUUCAGUCAAAAAGCAUACCUUAUAGUCCACAUGAGAAUUCACACUUUAGAGAAACCUUUCACCUGCCAACAAUGUGGACAGAGUUUCAGUCAAAGAGGACACCUUAAAGACCAUAUGAGAAUUCACACUGGAGAGAAACCUUUCACCUGCCAACAAUGUGGACAGAGUUUCAGUCAAAAAGGAAGGCUUAAAGUCCACAUGAGAAUUCACACUGGAGAAAAGCCUUACACCUGCCAACAAUGUGGAAAGAGUUUCAGUAGAAGAGGAAGUCUUACAGCCCACAUGACAAUUCACACUGGAGAGAGCCCAUUCGCCUGCCAACAGUGUGGAAAGAGUUACAAAGAAAAAGGAAAACUUGGAAUCCACAUGAGAAUUCACACUGGAGAAAAGCCUUACACCUGCCAACAGUGUGGAAAGAGUUUCAGUAGAAGAGGAAGUCUUACAGCCCACAUGACAAUUCACACUGGAGAGAGCCCAUUCGCCUGCCAACAGUGUGGAAAGAGUUACAAAGAAAAAGGAAAACUUGAAAUCCACAUGAGAAUUCACACUGGAGAAAAGCUUUACACCUGUCAAGAGUGUGGAAAGAGUUUCAAUCUAAAAGGAACUCUUACAGCCCACAUGAGAACUCACACUGGAGAGACCCCAUUCGCCUGUCAACAGUGUGGAAAGAGUUUCAGUCGAAAAGAUAAACUUGAAACCCACAUGAGAAUUCACACUGGAGAAAAGCCUUACACCUGCCAACAGUGUGGAAAGAGUUUCACUGUAAAAGGAAACCUUAUAGCCCACAUGAGAACUCACACUGGAGAAAAGCCUUACAUCUGCACUCUGUGUGGGAAUGGCUUCGCACGGGAACUAAGCCUUAGGGAACACAUGAAUAUUCACACCGGAGAGAAGCCUUUUACAUGUGAUCAGUGUAGAAAGAGUUUCAGACAUAAUAUGACCCUUUAUAACCACAUGAAAAUUCAUACUGAAGAGAAGCCAUUCAUUUGUGAUAAGUGUGGUAAGAGUUUCAGAUUUAAAGGUAACCUUAAGAGCCACACGAGGAUUCACUCGAAAGAGAACUCUUAGAAGUCGUCACUGUGGAAAUAGCAGAGGUGUAAAGAGUACCUAAAAACAAUACUUGAAUUAAAGUUCAGAUACCUUAUCUGCCUCAUCUCCUAAAUCAAACACCUUUAAUUCACAACUACCUGCUAAUGUACUUGCAUUCAUGUAAAGUAACCUUGUUGACAAGUUUGGGUGGGUAAAGGCAAACAUACAAGAUAUAAUACCUUCAAUGCCUUCUUUAUAGCAGGAACUGCUGCAGAAAAUGUAGUGGAGUAAAGUAUAUUUACUUGUUCCAAAAUGUUGUCAAGUAGAGAGUAAAAGUUUCUAAUAUCUUUGAUACAAAGUAGCCAAGAAGAUUUACUCAAAUACUUGACACUACUGGGAAAUAGUUUCACAGACAGGAAAACUAUGAGAAUCGUGUAAUAACUCACCAGAGAGUUCCCAUGUCUUCAGUGUGAGAAGAGCAUCCCAUAUCAAAAAGACCUGUGCCUCGUAAGAAUAGUCUUAAGCUUUGACUUAAGUGUCAAAAAAUUCUUAGUAAAAAGUAGGACUUUUCUAAGAGUAAGAGACUUUUACAAAGAAGCUAAAAACAAAUAUCAGUAAAGUCUAAGACUAAUUUUUAAGUGCUGAUUGAGGUGGUACUUUAGUGUGGUGAACACAAUUAUUUGUCAUAUUUAGCAAAUAAUCUUUAAAAGGACCAACUUGGGCAAGGGCCUUAGUAACCAUGGAUACCAACUGAUAAGGUGGUUUAUUGCCCUCCCAGCCAUCUGGAAAAGCAGAGGCUUUAGGAAAAACCCAUAGCCCUUAAAACCUAUAUCAGGUUUGGGGUUUCUGAGUUUGUAUUUUGAAGAUUUAAAUGCUUGUGUAUAUGAUAUGUUGAUACCUAUGCAACAUAUUAGAAUGACAAGAAUCUUUAAUAGUUUGUUCUUCAAUAACCCAGCCAAUAACAAUAACCCAGCCAAAUACAUAGGCAAACACCCUGCGACAGACACAUUAAGCCAUAAAAAAUCCACAGAGGAAUUUCCCACUUAGAAAUUCUACCUUUCUCAUUGGUCAAGUCAACCCUAAGAGGUGCGAAUUCUCCCAGACCUUAAAAGACCCCACCCAGUUCGUUCCCUCUCUCUUGCUCCUGACUGAUUCUCUGUAGCUCCUGGCCGCUAGGUGGCCUCGACCUGCCCCAGCCAUGUGCUCACCUAGAAGAGAGAGAGAACUCUUCCCCAAGACAGAAGAAAUCCAUUGCAUCUUCAGCACCAUCGGACCAAACUCUUAAAGACUCUCUGUGGUGAAAAUCAAAUUUUUAAUGUUAACUAAUGUUUAUAUGUCUAUGUGGUGUUUUUAAUAUGCUUUAAGACAAAACAUGUGCAAAUUCAAGAAUCAGCACCAUUGCUGAGUAUUUACUGUUUAAAACUGCAGUGAAAAAAAGAAAGUCUCAAGCCCGCGGUUUGAAAUCAAAGGAAAGCAUAUUUACAUUGCCUGAAUCAUUCCUUGCUCUCUAUACAGUGCACUACUUGCCAUUCACCAUGUAGAAACUAGUAAAUAUGUGAAGAAAUUACCAAUUUCAGCUGCAGCUUUAGCAUCUGUAAGGGGCCGUUUUUUUUUUUUUUUUUGCCCUCAUAGUUCACUGACAAGGUUUGUACUGUAAAUGUGAUUGACUGUUAAAGGUGGGAUAUUUUUUCCUAUUGAAAGAGUGAUCUGACAUAACAGUUCACUUUCAGCAGUUAUUUUAUCUAUGGUUCGUAACAUUUCUUACAGAUUUCUGCUCGUUGUAAAUCAGAUACAGAUAAAUUAGCACAUUACCAGUACAUAAUGAGAGCGAUUGCGUGUGUGAAUUAGUCAUACCGUAUCUUUAUUAAUUGUGAAGCUGUGGGUUGUAAAUAGUUCCUUCAAAAGCAGAAAAAUAUAUGCUAUAAUAAGUUUUAAGGUACUUGCGUGAUAAAUCACAGGACAACGCUGACAACUAGUUUCUGCGUUCCUCUCUGUGCGCGAGAUCUUCACGUUUUGUGCAGCUACUGUUUGUAUGAGUGUUCGUGCCACAAUGCAGCUGCGUGAGCAUGGUAGCUCGAUAUAAUAAUACACAUCCGAUCGUCUAAAUCGCUUGAAUGUCCAAACUGGCAAACCUUAAAACACAUACAACUGACAAAGUUUAGUGAAAACGCAAGGCUCACCACUCGCGCGCCGUCUCUGUGUUGACUCUAGGUGUUGCCUGGAUGGGGCGGAGUUACGUAGCUACACACGCGGUAGUAUGUUUUUAUGUACGAAGUAUUAACAGGAUUAAAAAAACGAAAUAACCGAUAUGGAAAAAAGACGCUGUAUCAAGUUAAAAGAAUUUAAACUUUUAAAAGAGUAUAAUUUCUAAUGAGCAGAUUUCUCACGCCGUUGUUUCAGUGUCCCUCUGCACAUGGAUGACGGGCACAGUGAGUGUGUGCGAUGUCUGGGCAAGUCCCACACAGAAGCCACGCUCACUGAAAUGACCUGCUCUUAUUGCGAGAGCACGAGUGUAGCCUCCUUGUUGCUCGCGGAUAGCAUUCUUUUCAGAACUCGACUCUGUCCCUCACGCCCUCCCAUUUUUCUUCCUCCCAGGAGACCUCUCAAACCCAUCCUCGACCUCAGAUAUUUGAAUCAGGCCCUGAUAAAGCGCUCAUUCAAGAUGAUUACUUUGAACAAAUCUUCUUGCAAAUUUGCCCAGGAGAUUGGUUCUUUUCUCUAGGCUAUCUCUGGUUCGCUACACUUUUACGAAGUGUAUGGAUGUGGUUCUCUCCCCUCAGAUGGGAGUAUGCAUACUCUACUAACUCUACAACUGGUUUGUUAUGGCCCAGUCAGAGGUGGAGCUAGUGUCACACAGAACCCUCCUCCUCAACCACUUAGAGUGCUUGGGGCUCAGGGUCAAUUUUCCCAAGAGCUCAUUAUCUCCCAGCCAACGGGUCUCCUUCCUGGGUAUAAUUCUCGACUCAACCUGCAUGAAGGCUGUAAUCUAGCCAGAGCAAUCCCUUUCAGAGGAUGCUAGGUCUCAUGAGCUCAGCAUCACCAGCCCUGCAGUUGUGUCUGCUUCAUAUGCGCCCACUGCAGUUCUGACUGAAACCUCGAGUCCCGGCCCAAGCCUGGCAGCUGAGAGCAGCACACAUUCAGGGCGUAUUGAACACAGGGGUGGACAUGCUGUCCCGGAGCAACCUUCCCACAGAGGAAUGGUCACUUCACCCCCUUAUAGUCCAGGGAAUUGGGGAUGUCUUUGGAAGGGCAGAGGUCGACCUCUUCGCCUCACAAGACAACUAUCGUUGCCCAACUUAUUUUUCAAAGACCAGGGGUGUGCUGGCCCAUGUUUUUUUUUUUUUUUUUUUACUUCUUGUUAGCAGCUUUUUCAGCGUCGGGCCAAACCAUUAUCUUUGCUUUCCCAUUCCAUUCUGUGUCAUUCGUUUUCCACUGUGGGGCUGAUAACGGUGCUCUUCAGUCGUUGCCUUAGUAACACAAGAUUUUACAAACGAUAUGCUAUGUAAAUAGUGACCUCGUUAUGUAGGAUGAUCAGUUAUUUCUUUUAAUUGUAUGAUUAAUUUGUGUUCAUGUUGCUCAAAUAUCAUGUUUAGCAAGCUACGGAGAAACUGGCUGGAAAGUGACUGGAAAGUGACUGUUUCUGAUUGAUGACGUCACUACUCGCAUUCUAGCAGUAGCCUACGGUUCGGCACGGUUGGCUAAUUCCGAUGACUACGGUGUCUCAAAUCAACGAUUUUUCGGGAUGCACUAUCCCACCUGUUGCAAGCCCUUCUCAGUGCACCGCUCGAAUGCUCUGUCGCCCCCCCUUAGUAGCACGGUGUGAUUAUAUUGUCCUCGUAGCGUCUUACCUUAGCAAGAAAAAUGACGCAGUACGAGUGUAGUAUCGAAAGGUAAAGUACUCGGUUACUAAUGUAACCUUUGUUCCUUUAGAUACAGAAUGAGUACUGCAUACUUUGCCGCGCUACUUGCGGGCGCCUCAUGCCGUUGCUUCAGUCAGAAUAAAAUCUGCUUAAAUAGCCCGAUUCCCCGCCCAUUUUGGCGGGCUCGCUCACCAUUGGCUUGGUUUGUUUACUUUAACUUCAUGAACCAAUGGCCAUGCAGUUUCACUGCGUGAUUGAAAAAGGCUUCAGUAAUCAGAGAAAAAGAAGUUUCCCCCGUGGCGUCUUGUUUUAGAAAGACAAAUGACGCAGUUCUCGUUCCGUAUCUAAGGGAGCCGAGGUUACAUUAGUAACCGAGUACUUUCAUUAUGUAGUUAAUCUGGUUUUACUUCAAAAACCAUAGUAAAACAAUGGUUCUUUUGUAGUUACUAUGGUUUUACUACAAAAACUAUAGUUAAACUAUGGUUACUGUAGUAAAACCAUAGUUUUACUAUAAAAAUCAUAGUUACUACAAAAAACAUGGUUGAGUUUCAUAAGGGUGAGUGUUUGUAAGGAUACUGAUUGUUAGAAGGCAUCUGUCUGACUCUGAGAUGAAGAACAGGAACGGUGUGUGUAACAUUAGCAACACAUUAUUAGCUGUUUGAUAAUAUAGUCAAGCAAAAGGCUAAUCAUAUUAAUUCAUAUUAAUUAAUGACAGAACCGUCGCAAGGGCUGUGCGCAUAGGGGCUCACGCCAAAGUAAAGUGACAGCUGAAGUGAAAUAAAGCCAAUAAAGUUCAUGUUUUUGUCCUUCGAAAUAUUUUAAUACUAUAAAACAUAGCUAAAACAAUAUUGCUUUGAGCGUGUGCGUGUGUCAUGAAUGUGGCUCCCGCGCCGCCUCCUCCGCACCACCGGAGGGAGCCAUCACCUGAAUACUGACUGUUUCCCAUAGGCCCUCAUUCCUGGGACUGAUUGCGCACACACCUGCACCUCAUCACACUCACACUAUUUAAGCCACACACUCACACAUACACACCGCGAAGUCUUGAUUUGCCCUGGUGAUCAUUACUGAGCGUUUUCUUGUGGACUGUUUCUCUGUUACCGUUGGAUUGUUUAUUCUCUGUGAUUCUUUGCUGCCUGCCCUGAUCCCUGCCUGUGACUUGACACCGUUUGUCUGCCGCCUGCCUCGACCAUUGCCUGUCCCUGUUUAUGUCUUUGCCCUUGCCCCUGUCUACUUUGGUGAUUGUUCUAAUAAAAGCUGCAAAUGGAUCCCCACUCUGCCGACCCUUCAUUACAGCGUGUGACCGUGAUUCAUGUGCAUAUUCAGUCAGUGUGGAAUCACACGUCAAGUUCUGAGAGAUAUUCAGUCCAUUAUAAAUUCGAGAGCAGUCCAAAUGUUUUGCAAAGGCGUUUUACCAAUUCAUAAUUUAAAACACAAUUUAAGCGUCAGAACAUAUGAGCAGUUCAGUUGCAGAGCUGUUAAACUGAAUAUAUGAAGCGAAGCAAGCUUUUUUCUUAAAUAUCCACAACACAAACAAAUUGCUCGUAUCCAAUAAAAUAAGUUUUUUUUAUUGUUAAAACCGCCUCCUGUGAGGCUCAUGUGAGAGUGCGCGCGCACACACACACACCUCAUUUACAUUUAGUUCACACUUUAAUUCAUCCUCUCUAAUCUACAUGUAGCCUGUACUGGUGAUUAUACUGGAUUUAAUACAGAUCACUGCUUUGAUAUCUUAAAUAUGAGAUGAUUCUGUAUUAUGACGACAACCCUACUUUGUGCUGCUCUUUAUUUCAAAUGGUUUUGUGAUCAUUGUCUCUUCUGAUCUAAUUUCACUACUGCAAUUAAUGUACUUAUUAUUAGAAAAUCAAACUCUCAAUUCAUAUAUAUUAUAUUGCUGUAGUUAUUUAGCAGCAGUGGUUGAUGAAGAUGAGUGUCAUUAGUGUGUUUUUGUAUUAUUGGUGUUUUAUCCACAUCAUGUUGUGAGAAAUAACAGUAUUGUCUUUAAUUAAAGAAGUUUUAUAGGAUUUUCUCACAUAUCCUGACUCCAAUAAUCAGUUUCUAACAGAAUAAAGUGAGAUGAUCUGCUAAUGA